ACAGCACAGGCACAGCCCUGACGCACGCACGUACGUACGCUCGCGGGCACCCGCGCGCCCACACAGUCGGGUCGGGUCGGCGAGGCGAGGGAUCGCAGCGCGAGAUGCAGGAUCCAAAUGCAGACACCGAGUGGAAUGAUAUUCUGCGGAAAAAAGGUAUCCUUCCUCCUAAAGAGAAGCAAAAUGAAGAAGCUGAGGCCAUAGAGGAGGAGCUGAUUCAGCACCAGGGUUCUGUUGUUAAAACUUAUGAAGACAUGACUCUGGAAGAUCUGGAAGAGAAUGAGGAUGAAUUCUCAGAGGAAGACGAAAGAGCCAUUGAGAUGUACAGACAGCAAAGGCUAGCUGAAUGGAAGGCAAAACAGUUGAAGAACGCUUUUGGGGAAAUUUUGGAGAUCUCUGGGCAAGACUAUGUGCAGGAAGUAACGAAAGCUGGCGAGGAACUCUGGGUAAUACUGCACUUGUACAAGCAAGGGAUACCUUUGUGCACAUUGAUAAACCAGCACCUGAGUCAUCUUGCCAGGAAGUUUCCAGCAACUAAAUUUAUUAAAGCUAUAUCGACAACAUGCAUAGCCAACUAUCCUGACAGGAACCUCCCAACAGUCUUUGUGUAUCGGAACGGUGACAUCAAGGCACAGUACAUCGGCCCCUUAGUAUUUGGAGGCAUGAAUUUAACAAAGGAUGAAAUGGAAUGGAAACUGUCAGAAUGCGGUGCAAUCAAAUCAGAGCUAGAGGAGAACCCACGAAAACAGAUUGAAGAUAAACUGAUGUCCUCCAUCAGAAGUGGUGCUCCACCAAGGAGAAACAGUGAUUCUGAAGAAGAUUAGUCAUUUAAAUCCAGUGAAUUUAUGUGUGUAACGAAAAUGACAACAGAAGGAACCUGAUAACUGUCAACAGCUUUUCUUUUACAUUGUACUGUAUUCCUAUUCAUUAUGGUUUAAUUUUCCACAGUCUUGCAACAGAGAAUUUACCUUUAAGCAACAAAUCACCUGACUGUGGUUGCAAUAUUACCUCCUGAAUUUAUACCGUCUUUAUUUUACUGGAUGUGUCUGAUGUUAACAGCUGAGGUAUUUAAUCAAUGAUUUUGAAGUGCUAAAUGUGAUCACCAAAUUCAGCACUUUAAACUUUUGUACCAUAUAAUCCAUCUUCACCAGACUCAUCACUCUUUGAUGUUCUUGGUCACAAUCUUCAACUGGUGUAAUUGCUGUUAUCUAGCUGAAGUAGUUUAAUUGCAAGAGUUUAAAGUGAGACACAUACUGUAUACACUCUUGUUUGUUUUUAAAAAAUCAUUGUAAUACUUUGUGACAAAGACAUAAGCUAAGCAUAAAUUAUUUUUUCCAAUAAUAUAUAAAACCCAAUUAAAACAAUUUCAGAAAAACAGUGGAAUUGGAUAAAUCAGAGAGACCCAUUUUGCUUCCUUUUGCCUGCCUAUCAGUGGCCUUAUUUUCAAUAUGUGGUACUAGCAGUAUUCUUUAACAGAAAGCAAGACAUUUUAUAAAGCUCAAUUACAAAAUCUUGUUUCUAUUCACUAAUAAAGCCAUUGAAUUUGCUACUA